UGAGGGAAGGGCCAGACAGAAGUUGUCUGAACAGAAAGAGAAGAAAACACGGAAACAUUCAGGUGUGUGAGUCAGUUACAGUCUUUAUGUAAAGAAGAAAGAAAAAGGAGCAUUCAUUCUUAAAAAGUUUUCAAGAUGGAUGUUCAAGAGAAUUCCCCAGGAGUUAUGGGGUUGCUGAAGACAUUUGACUCGUCUGAGUUUGGCAAUUGGGAGAAAAUAGGUUCUGGUGGAUUUGGACAAGUGUACAAAGUACGGCACGUACAGUGGAAAACAUGGUUGGCUAUUAAGUGUCCUCCCAGUCUUCAUGUGGAUGAAAAAGAGCGUGCCGAGCUCCUUGAAGAGGCCAAUAAAAUGGAGGCAGCAAAGUUCCGCUACAUCUUGCCUGUAUAUGGCAUCUGCAGUGAUCCAUUGGGCCUGGUAAUGGAGUACAUGGAGACAGGCUCUCUGGAGACACUGUUGGCUGCUGAGACACUGCCGUGGGUGCUGCGUUUUCGUAUUAUUCAUGAGACAGCAGUGGGAAUGAACUUCCUGCACUGCAUGAACCCACCACUGCUACAUCUGGACCUGAAGCCCGCAAAUAUACUGCUGGAUGCCCACCACCAUGUCAAAAUCUCAGACUUUGGCUUGGCCAGAUGGAAUGGCUUUGCCAGGAACGAUGACAUCAGUCGUGAUGGAUUUUGUGGCACUAUUGCCUACCUACCUCCUGAAAGGAUCAUAGAGAAGGAAAGGGUCUCUGAUACCAAGCAUGAUGUCUACAGCUUCUCGAUAGUUAUCUGGGGAAUUCUCACACAGAAAAAGCCAUAUCAAGGGGAGAAUAACAUUCUGCAUAUCAUGGUGAAGGUGGUGAAAGGGGUUCGUCCAGACCUGAGCUCUUUGCCCCGCAGUCGACCUCAGGCGUGUUCAGGCUUUAUAGCCCUCAUGCAGAAAUGCUGGAGUGGCUCUCCUGAUGCCAGGCCAAGUUUCCAGGAGAUUACAUCUGAGGUAGAGGAGCUGUGUUCAAAACCCCAUGAUGAGGCCAGAGGAUCAAUGUCUGAGCCAGACUCCUCACCCUGUCCAGCUCCUGUGAGCUCAGAACAGGAGCAAAAGCCUGUAAGGCCAAAGUCAGCCAUGUUACCGGAGAAGGACUAUAGCCUUUCUGAGUUGCUGAGUCAAAUAGACUCUGGGAUUUCUCGCAGCUUUGAUCAUGUUAAAGAGGACUGCCUGGAGAGCAAAGACAACACCAGCAAGAGACUGUCAGGAAUUUCCUCUGUGGACUCCGCCUUCUCAUCCCAAGGCUCCAUCACACUCUCCUUUGAAAGGGAGAAUUCAGUCAAUGAGUCAUGUGAUCUACAAAAGAAGAAGCUAUGCGAAGCCAUUCGUACUGAAGACACAGCAAAACUAAUGAAGCUUCUACAGCCACAGGAUGUGGAGCUCCGUCUAGAAGGUGGCGGUGGCCUACUUCACUAUGCUGCAACACUGGGCAAUGAGGAGGCUGUGAAAUUUCUACUUCUCAACAACUGCAGUGCUAAUAUGGCUGAUUGGCGUGGUGCCACACCACUGCAUGUGGCCGUGGAGAAGCAUUUAAGAAGUGUCACUGAGAUAUUGUUAAGCCGCAAAGGAACUGAUGUGAAUGCUAAAGACGAGGAUCAGUACACAGCCCUGCAUUUUGCCGCUCAGAAUGGCGAUGAGGCUCUGGCACGUCUGCUUCUGGAGCGACGGGCAUCAGCCAGUGAGGCAGAUGCACAGGGGCGUACAGCCGCACAUGUGGCAUGUCAGCAUGGGUGUGAAGGUGUUCUGCGUGUGCUCUUGAGUCGAGGCGCUGUUGACGCCCAUGCCGCUGCCAAAGAUGGGUGGACACCACUGCAUCUGGCAGCCUGGCGUGGCCACUCCACCAUCUCCAAGUUGUUGGCUAAGCAGGCAGGUGCCGAUGUGGAUGCGACAACUGCCGAUGGCCGCACACCACUGCACCUGGCAGCACAGACAGGCCGAUACAGGGUGGCACGUGUGCUGGUGGAGCUGGGUGCUAAUGUGCAACAGACCUCAAGCCCCGACCUACGAUCGCCACUGCACGUUGCAGCUGAGACAGGCCACACGAGCACUGCACGCCUGCUACUGAAGCAUGGUGCUGAUAUCCAAGGACGCACAGUUCAGGGCUGCACUGCCUUGCACCUAGCAGCUCAGCGUGGCCACUUGGCCACGGUAAAAAUGCUCCUGGAGGAGGGUGCUGAUGUCCGGAGUGCCAACCGUGCCCUGCGCACUGCAUGCCAUCUGGCAGCUGAAGCUGGUCAUGUCCAGGUGUUCAGUGAGCUGCUGGAGAGGUGGCCUGAGGUAGUAACAGUGCAGGACGAGGAUGGUUUAGCACCAUUGCACCUAGCAUUGCGGAGUGGACACAUGGACAUUACGCGUCUCUUGCUGAGCAACGGAAACUCAGAGGCGGACAUUUUGCAUCCAGAACCCAAGAAUCUGAACACUAAAACAUCUGAGGGGCUCCACAGGAAAGUACUUAUCCUGAAACUAACCGUGCCAAAGGGCAACAACUCUACACAGGACUCAGCAGACACACAACUGCCCUCUGCACACUCUGCUAAGACUAGCACAGAGACCUGAUAGAUUUGAUAGUGUCUCUUUCUGCUAUGUUGUGUAAGAAAAUCUAUGCAUUGAAAAAAUCGAUGGACUGUUACACCCUUUUGGUAAAGAGACUUUUAACUAUCUAUUUCCAAUUUUUGUAUAUAAUGUAAUUAUUUGGUUGGGGUCCUUUUAAUAUAAGUACCUCUUGAAUAUUUUUUAUUUCUAUGGAUUUUUGGGGCUCUUGAAACGUUUUCCAGCAGUAAUAAAAAAACAUUCCUGAUUAGGAAAAGGAUGAUGUGUAUAUACAAGUACUGUACAUAGAAUCUGGACCAAUCAUUGCUAUGCCCUUUUCAGCAAGAUCUUUUUGUCACAGCCAUUCUUUUAACAGUUAUCCGUUUACUGUUUGAGUAUUGUUUUUACCACGUUAUGUAUUUGCCAUUCAUUCCUGAAAAUAAAACACCUGAAAUAAAUGUAACCUUAAACAUGAAAAAUAUAAUGUAUUAAAAUAGCAGGUCAUUGCUUAAUAUUGAGGUCAGAUCAUGAGCACCUGUACUCUGUUACCCCAGUGCCUAAAUCCUGGCAGUGCUUCAAGGCUAUUUCAAAUCCACAAGGCUAAUUAUACCAUUUAAUACCUCUGGUCGCAUGACAGCCAGAAGAGUAUUUAGAACCACUUGGCUCCCACCAUGGGAACAGGGCCUGAGGGGGAUCACAGGUGAUGUGUGGGUGGGGAGUGGAAAUGGGGGCGGUAACUGUACAUUGUGAAUACCACCAUGUCAAGACUGUUAGCCAAUUCCUGAGACCACCUUAUCUUUUCAUCACUUUGUGAAAGCAGAGCACCGUGCCUCACUGACGCCACGAGGAGCAGAGCUUUCACAACCCACAAUUAACUCAGAAAGGAACUGCAGCAUGUUACUUACCUUGGCAUUCAUAUCCUCCUUUAUCCUGAAUUUACUCACUGGUAAACUGUGUAUUUGUGCAUAUGCUUGCAUAUACAAGCCAGGGCUUUGACAUUUGUAAUUAGAUAAAAAAAAAGACAUUGUCAUAUUUUUAUAUUCAGAAUUAAAUACCUAUAGUGUUUAAACAGUUUUAUGUUUU